AUGAUCGCCACAGAAAUUGACACCUCUAGCCAUCUGAGGUUCGAGGAAAGGCCUAAACGAAUGAGACUCGAUCCAAGAUGUCGACAUUACGACUCAAACGGAGUGUCACACCGUUCACUAGACAUCGGUGGUGUAAUUGCUGUUUUGAGUAAAUACCAAGAUUACGAUGGUGGGAUCAACUGCAGCGUAUGUGGAAAGCUGUACAAGAGCCGGGUCUGUUUUGUGAAACACCUUUGGGAGCAUACCAUAUAUUGGGAUCAGUUUCCAGGUGACAAAAACCAGGAUCGAGUCCUGUCAAUACAGGCAGCUUUAAUCCUGUUCCUCACAGUCCACGGAGAUGCAGUGCAAGAUAGUAGUAUUCUUGCACAUCUUCUGGUCACGGCACCAAAUGAGAAACGUCCAGAUGAUGUGCCAGCCUCCCCAACAUCUCCUGAGAAGCGACGACCUCGAACGCCCAAGAAAAAUUCAUCAAACAUUUCACCUCUUAAGAGGAAAAAAUCUUUUGAUCUUUGA